AUGUACUGCCCGCUGUACAGCCAUGUGUCACUGCCCUCUGUAUCAGCCAUGUGUCACUGCCCGCUGUAUCAGCCAUGUGUCACUGCCUCUGUAUAUGCAUGUGUCACUGCCCGCUGUAUUAGCCAUGUGUCACUGCCCGCUGUAUUAGCCAUGUGUCACUGCCUCUGUAUCAGCCAUGUGUCACUGUCUGUAUCAGCCAUGUGUCACUGCCCUCUGUAUCAGCCAUGUGUCACUGCCCUCUGUAUCAGCCAUGUGUCACUCUGUAUCGUUUCAUGUGUCACUGCCCUGUAUCAGCCAUGUGUCACUGCCCUCUGUAUCAGCCAUGUGUCACUGCCUCUGUAUCAGCCAUGUGUCAUCUCUGCUGCAUCAGCCAUGUGUCACUGCCCGCCGUAUCAGCCAUGUGUCACUGCCCUCUGUAUCAGCCAUGUGUCACUGUCUCUGUAUCAGCCAUGUGUCACUGCCCUGUGUAUCAGCUAUGUGUCACUGCCUCUGUAUCAGCCAUGUGUCACUGCCUGCUGUAUCAGCCAUGUGUCACUGCCCUCUGUAUCAGCCUUCAUGUGUCACUGCCCUCUGUAUCAGCCAUGUGUCACUGCCCUCUGUAUCAGCCAUGUGUCACUGCCUCUGUAUCAGCCAUGUGUCACUGCCCUCUGCAUCAGCCAUGUGUCACUGCCCUCUGUAUCAGCCAUGUGUCACUGCCCUCUGUAUCAGCCAUGUCACCCGUUUUCCCCCAUUAUGUGUCACUGCUCUUUGCAUCAGCCAUGUGUCACUGCCCUCUGUAUCAGCUGUGUCACUGCCCUCUGUAUCAGCCAUGUGUCACUGCCCUCUGUAUCAGCCAUGUCACUGCCCGCUGUAUCAGCCAUGGUCACCUCUGCAUCAGCCAUGUGUCACUCUCUGUAUCAGCCAUGUGUCACUGCCCGCUGUAUCAGCCAUGUGUCACUUCUCUGUAUCAAGCCAUGUGUCACUGCCCUCUGUAUCAGCUUGCUGUGUCACUGCCCUCAGCCAUGUGUCACUGCCUCUGUGUCAGCAUGUGUCACUGCCUCUGUAUCAGGCAUGUGUCACUGCCCUCUGCAUCAGGCAUGUGUCACUUCCUCUGUAUCAGCCUUGUGUCACUGCCCUCUGUAUCAGCAUGUGUCACUGCCUCUGCAUCAGGCAUGUGUCACUGCCCUCUGUAUCAGGCAUGUGUCACUGCCCCCUGUAUCAGCCAUGUGUCACUGCUCCUUCAGUGUCAGGUAUACUGCCUCCCACCGUCCUGUAUCAGGCAUGUGUCACUGCCCUCUGCAUCGGGCGUGUCACUGCCCUUAUCAGGCAUGUGUCACUGCCCGCUGUAUCAGCCAUGUGUCACUGCCCUCUGCAUCAGGCAUGUGUCACUGCCUCUGUAUCGCCAUGUGUCACUGUCCUUCGUGUAGCCAUGUGUCACUGCCCGCUGUAUCAGGCAUGUGUCACUGCCUCUGUAUCAGCCAUGUGUCACUGCCCUUGGUCAGCAUGUGUCACUGCCCGGCAUUAGCCAUGGUCAAUGCCCGCUGUAUCGCUUGUGUCACUGCCCUGUAUCAGCCAUGUGUCAUCUGUUCUCUGUAUCAGGCAUGUGUCACUGCCUCUCGUAUCAGGCAUGUGUCACCCCUCUGUAUCAGCCAUGUCACUGCCCCUCUGUAUCAGGCAUGUGUCACUGCCCCCAUCACCCAUGUCACUGCCCGCUGUAUCAGGCAUGUGUCACUGCCCGCUAGUAUCAGGCAUGUGUCACUGCCUCUGUAUCAGCCAUGUGUCACUGUCCUCUGUAUCAGGCAUGUCACUGCCCUCUGUAUCAGCCAUGUCACUGCCCUGUAUCAGCCAUGUGUCACUCCUCUGCAGGCAUGUCACUGCCCUCUGUAUCAGGCAUGUGUCACUGCCCGCUGUAUCAGACGUCCCCGUGUUGUCCCUGAGACGUCCUCGUGUUGUCCCCUCGUGUUGUCCCCCAGACGUCCCUCGUGUUGUACCCUGAGACGUCCCCUCGUGUUGCUCUCAGACGUCCCCAGUUGUCCCCUCAGACGUCCCCUCGUGUUGUCCCCUCGUGUUGUCCCUCGGUGUUGUCCCCUCGUGUUGUCCCCUCAGACGUCCCUCGUGUUGUCCCUCGUGUUGUCCCUCAGAGGUCCCUCGUGUUGUACCCUCAGACGUCCCUCGUGUUGUCCCCCAGACGUCCCUCGUGUACCCCAGACGUCCCUCGUGUUGUCCCCUCAGACGUCCCCUCGUGUUGUCCCCUCGUGUUGUCCCUCGUUGUCCCCUCAGACGUCCCUCGUGUUGUCCCUCAGACGUCCCUCGUGUUGUCCUCAGACGUCCCUCGUGUUGUCCCUCGUGUUGUACCCUCAGACGUCCCUCGUGUUGCCUUCAUACGUCCCCUCGUGUUGUCCCUCAGACGUCCUCGUGUUGUCCCUCAGAUGUCCUCGUGUCCUCGUGUUGUCCCUCAGACGCCUCGUGUUGUCCCCCAGACGUCCCUCGUGUUGUCCCCAUACGUCCCUCGUGUUGUCCCCUCAUACGUCCCUCGUGUUGUCCCUCAGACGUCCCUCGUUGUCCCUCGUGUUGUCCCUCAGACGUCCUCGUGUGUCCCCAGACGUCCCUCGUGUUGUCCCUCGUUGUCCCUCAGACGUCCCUCGUGUUGUCCCCUCAGACGUCCCUCGUUGUCCUCGUGUUGUCCCUCAGACGUCCCUCGUGUUGUCCCCUCAGAUGUCCCCUCGUGUUGUACCUUCAGACGUCCCCUCGUGUUGUCCCCUCAGACGUCCCUCUUGUUGUCCCCAGACGUCCCCUCGUGUUGUCCCUCAGACGUCCCUCGUGUUGUCCCUCAGAUGUCUCCUUGUGUUGUCCCCCUUGUGUCCUUCCCUUCUGUCUUCCCCUCACCUCCCUCACUAG